UCUUCAAUUCAACCUUUCAAUUCCUCAAAUAUUUCUAUAUCCAUUAUUUCAUCCUAUUUCUAAUCCUUCACACUUUUCUUUUCCACAAUAAAAUUUAGGUGACCCUCAUCAUCAAUUUUUUGUUCACAUAUUGAAAAAUAAAAUUAUUUUGAGAGAUUAGUCUCUAAUUGUUGGCCGAAUACGUGAAGUCACCCUAAAGAUUUACUUAUUACUUGUGAAACAAUAAACUAUAGCAUUUCAUUUUUCACAUACUUUGAGUUUAAAGGAAUUAUUCUCUAGCUUCCGAUUGAGAUAUCUUGAAACACUUACAUAAAAUGUCACGAACAAUAGAGAUAACAAUUUUGUCAGCGGAGAAUCUUCAAGAGAACAAAAAAGCCAUAAAAGGAAACACAUUUGUCACGGUUCAAUGUGACGGAAGCAAUAAUGAAGUGAGCACCACGAAACUUGAUUCUGAAGGCGGAAGUUAUCCUACAUGGAACGAGAAGGUAGUGAUCGACGUGCCAUUACAUGCAAGGUUCGUUACAAUAGAGGUGAAGUACAAAACUAGAGGAAGUAGUAGUAAUAGUGUUGGAAUGGCUAGAAUACCGGUUUCCGAUUUUGUUGGAGGGUAUGUACAUGAAAAUCAAUUGCAAUUUUUAAGUUAUAGGUUGUGGGAUAAUAGAGUUAUGAGAAAUGGGGUUGUAAAUAUUUCUGUGAAGGUAAAAAUGUCCCAACAAAAUUCUUGCUCGAGUUCGAUGUCAUCGACGAUGAAUGGAGUUCCAGUAACUGGCGUUCCGGUGGCCGGUAAUGGCUCCUGCAGCAGAGUUGCAACAGGGAUUCCUGCUGUUUGGUUAAACUACCAAAGACACAUUUGAAAGGGUACUUUGUAAUCAUCAUGUAUAUUAAAAACAGAAAGCAUACAUUUCCAUAUUGACAAUACACGUGGGAAUUAUUUAUGUCUCAAUUUGUAUAUUUAUUUCAAUGUUCUUUUAAUAUUACGUCAA